UACGUGAUCGGACCUCGGAAACCAGCCAACCCGCUAGUCACCGUCGAACAAGUGGAGGAUCAUCUCCAACUUCUCUGCGCAUUUCACCGUCUCAGGAUGACUGUCGUGGAGUGUAAGGACAACCGCAUUCCUAGGUUCGCAAUGCGGAUGGACAGCGACCGCAGGUGGAGGUGGUUCGUUCACCUCGCUAUUGAUAGGUUUGAGAAAUGGGUUGCGGCAUUACAGUACGCUGCUGCUGGGAAAUUCCUUGCCAAGUAUCACCCACCUCUUGACGUCUGCAUGGUUUGGCAUGCGUAUAUGCUCUGCCCCAGUUGGUAUGCCGAGGAUUGCGAGCGUCUUACGAUGCUCCAAUACCUUCGUCCUCUCAACAUGUUUGCACUUGGCUCGGUAAGUCAUUUUCAUCCUGACGUAUCACGAGCGACAUCAUGGUAUCAGCAAACAAGAACAUCUUAUGACCCUUUCGAAGACAUGACGAGGAGGGCCUAUAAACAAAUUGAGUGUCCUAGGUGUUGUACAAAAAUCUUUGUUCCAUUCGUGAACGAUAACAGCACGGGCUACGCAGAAAAUUUCUCGGCGAUCUGUCCAGUUUCUCGAUGUCGCAUGAAGAUCACGAACGAAACGCUCGCCGUCGCAAAGUUCAUUCGGGACUUUAACCAGCACUCGAGCAGACACGACUGCAUGGCUGGCAGUCUUAUCAACUCGUCGGGAAAGCGCGAUCCUCGACGGGCGUGGGCAAUCAAGGACCAGUUGACACGAGUACUACAGUAUUCUACCCGUAUGCCUCUGGCAGCAGAUGGACGGCUAGCUGGACUCCGCGGGACGAGUGAGAUCAAGGAGGCUAUUGGUUAUUCUCUGGAACGCCUGCGGGACAUAGUGACGGCCGCACUGAGAAGCUACCCAUCGUCGACAGCGUCGAGAAUACUUGGCGCAUAUAGAGAUGGUAGUCCAUUUUCAGUGGAUCUCUUGGAUGCUGUUCAGCGCCAGUCUCUGUUCACCGAGAAAAUGACCGAGCUCGGGUGGACGAAACCUGCAGCAUUUCGAGGGCAAAGGGUGCGGGUGUUGAAGGAUGCAAUUCUGCGAUACCAUGCCUUCCUCGAUCUAAUAGCCUCUCGACCGAAUUCUAUGUUCGUGCCAACUUUAGAUAUCGACCUGGUCUGGCACACCCACCAGCUUAUGGCAAGUCAAUAUGCGUCUGAUUGCGAGCUCUACGUCGGUCGUUAUGUCGAUCACGAACUCAGGAUCCGUGAAAGCCACCUCUCUGCGGCGUUCGACGAAACUUGUCUCGCAUGGCAGUUGCGCUAUCAAGUUCCUUAUAUGCAAUGUGGGUGUGCCCUUCCGGACGAAAGCUCCUGGCAAAAAUGUAGGCGACUCGUUCGCCAGCACCUACGCAGCCGAACGCACCUCCAAGUGACUUUGCAUCCGGACCACAUCCCUGCGACUCAUCCAAGUAUUCACAAUGCUCUAUUGAGCUCUCGGAGAAGAGUGGAUAAUAUGCCUGGUUGGAUGAUAAGUCACAGUGAUGAAUGUCGAGCGUCGUCGGCUUAUAACGCGCGACCGCCGCCGAUGCCGAUGAGGUCGAGUGGAGUACAACAAAGAAGUCCUUAUGAGCCGGCCGGCGCCGGUAAGGUCGAAUGGAGUGCAGCGAAGAAGUCCAUAUGA